AUGAAAAUAUACUUUUCUAAUGACUUGGCAAAACAGUAUUUAGACUUGUGUAAAACAUCUCUGUCAAAUAUUUCCUCAAAAGGUGAUGAAAAGUAUGGUAUUCUAUUUGAUAGAAACUCUAUUUUUUCUAGUAUUUACGCAAUAUUUCAACUGGGAGAUGAGCAUACAAAAACAGAGUUUAUGGAUAAACAUGCGCCAACAACCAGUAAAAUAGAAUACGACAAACUUGACAAAUAUCUUAUGUACACCCAGGAAGCAAUUUGCCGAUUGCACUGUUAUUCACGCCCGCCAGUGCCUCUCGCGAAAGCUGCUUUGUACCUGAAAGGCGACUAUGUACACUUGUCUAAUGACAUGUUCAACACUUAUCUAAUGAAAUUAACUCCCAUUCCACGUUCGGAAUUCAUCAAGUUUUUAUUGGAUUCUCCAGUGUCCAUUCAGAAGAGGGGUUUGCGUUUAGCGUUUCAUGCAUUUGAAACUAGUGAAUUAAAAGACGUCAUUUCUAACAUGUGGAAGAAAACAAAAAAUGUGUCAGUACGAAGCAAGCUCUACGUAUCCAUUGUGGAGAAGAUAAAAAACGAAAAACGGAAAUCCCAAUUGGAAUUAUUUAAACUUCUAAAAGAACUCACUUCUCAUAUACACCAGGAUGAUGAUGAGGAACUUUUCAAAUAUUUUACAGGCGACAAAAUACCUGAGUAUUUAAGGGGUGAAUAUUUGGAAACUGCUUGGAAAACAGUAUUAGCCUCGCCGGAAAACAAGGCAAAUAUUCAACGCAGAACCGAUGUUGCAAAGGCAAUGAAAUCAAACAUUGUUUUGAUAAAUGAAUCGCACGUUGAAGCAUUGGUAUAUGGUCACGUCCGUAAGAGGUUGUCGCAAGAAGAAUUGAGACCAGAAGAAAACUCUCACAUUGAACCAUUGAAUGAUGCGCUGUGGGACUUUGUAGUAGAAUAUAUCGUAAACGUUGAUACUGAACUGAAACAAGAAAAGAGAACACUGGAGACGUCGAUACUGGCACUGCAUAUGAUGCCUCAGGACCUGUCGACUAUUUCUGUUGCCGGCAAUGAGUUGCAAGAAGUGAUGAAGACAAUCAAAAACCAGAACCAUGAAGAACUGAACGCUUUUAUGAAUGAUAAGUUCAUAUACAGUGAUUGCAAAGUAAGAAAAAUUAUGAUCACGUAG